AUGUCACAUGAACAAGAACCAGAACAAGAGCGGGACCAGCAUGACCCCUGGUAUCCCUACUUCCACCCUCCUACUCCUCCUCCCAGCUACCGUACCACUUACUUGCCACCCCCUCGGAUGGCUGGAGACGGCCUCGACUACCGGCGACCGAUGAACACUACUUCUCAGGGGGCCAGUGAGCUCGAUAUCAUUGAUCUGACCAACGAACCUGAGUCUCCGCCGCAAGUGCGCCGCCAACAAGGCGCAUCAAACUCGUCCCGGGCCGGAUUACCGCGGUUUGAAAGAAACAUUCUCAAUGACGCUCCUCAAGAGAUAGUCAACCUCGAUGAUGACGAGGCUGACGACGACCAUGGAGAAGGCCCGUCAAGCCCGGAUGUGCUAUUUGUUGGAGAGUCCACUCGUCCACGGCCCCCCACGUCGACGUUGGUUUCCGCUCAAUAA